AUGAACCAGACUUCUUCUACCAAGUACACAACUGUGCCCGGCUUCUUUCUUCAGGACGAGUCUAGCACAGACGCUAAGAGUUUCGACUACGCAGUGUCUGAUUUCGGUCUGAUCAAGCGAGCAUACAAUACCGACAAGGAAUACGAUCCGGAAAAGAAGAGGACCCAGUGGGAGCGAUUCUACCAACAAAUCUCCGAAUUGAACUCUCAAGCUAGCAGUAGUGUUCGGUAUAAGGUCAUCUACAUGGGGCGCCAUGGUGAGGGUGUGCACAACGUAGCUGAGAAUUAUUAUGGAACCUCGGCUUGGGAUAGCUACUGGUCAAAGCAAGACGGAAACGAUACCGUCAUUUGGGCCGACGCACAUCUCACGGAUAAAGGCAUAGAGCAAGCCCCAUACGAUUAUAGUAUAAGAGUCUUCAUCUGUUUUCUGUCGUUCGGACUACUCACCCUCUUCCUUCUGCAUAAAAUGAACCAGACUUCUUCUACCAAGUACACAACUGUGCCCGGCUUCUUUCUUCAGGACGAGUCUAGCACAGACGCUAAGAGUUUCGACUACGCAGCAUCUGAUUUCGGUUUGAUCAAGCGAACAUACAAUACCGACAAGGAAUACGAUCCGGAAAAGAAGAGGACCCAGUGGGAGCGAUUCUACCAACAAAUCUCCGAAUUGAACUCUCAAGCUAGCAGUAGUGUUCGGUAUAAGGUCAUCUACAUGGGGCGCCAUGGUGAGGGUGUGCACAACGUAGCUGAGAAUUAUUAUGGAACCUCGGCUUGGGAUAGCUACUGGUCAAAGCAAGACGGAAACGAUACCGUCAUUUGGGCCGACGCACAUCUCACGGAGAAAGGCAUAGAGCAAGCCCGAAUAGCCAACAAAUUCUGGGCCUUGGAGAUGGCAACACAGCAUAUACCAGUGCCAGAAAGUUUUUACACGAGCCCACUUGACAGGUGCCUCGCCACCGCCGAUAUUACCUUCAAUGGCCUCCAAUUACCAGCUCAGCAGCCUUGCGUCCCAGAAGUCAAAGAACUGCUUCGCGAAGUAAUUGGGAUCCAUACCUGUGACCGGCGCAGCCAAAAAACUUACAUCCACACCAACUUCCCAGCAUACACCUUUGAGCCCGGGUUCGCCGAAGACGAUGAGAUGUGGCGCCCGGAAGUUCGAGAAAGUAGUUCCCUUCAUGAUACCCGCAUGAGGAAGCUGCUUGGUGAUAUAUUUACCCACGAUGACAGCACGUACAUCUCGUUCACUACCCAUUCGGGAUCAAUCGCUUCCCUUCUGAGGGUUACUGGGCAUCGUGAAUUUCGCGUGCCGACAGGGGCUGUAAUCCCUGUAUUGAUAAAAGCAGAGAUGACUCACGCCGAGCCAUCAUGA